AUGCCAUCCUUGAAAAGUGCUCAUUCUCUUCCAAAGAGAUCGACUGCUAUCCCAGUGACUAUUUUGUCGGGUUUUUUGGGAUCUGGAAAGACGACAUUACUGGAAAAAAUAUUAACUAGCAACCAUGGGAUGAAAGUAGCGGUUAUCAUAAAUGAUAUGUCUGAACUUAAUGUUGAUGCUUCUUUGAUUAGGGACCAUAAGGUUGCAAAUAAGGAAGAAAAAUUGAUCCAGCUUCAAAAUGGAUGUAUCUGCUGCACUUUGCGUGGUGACUUGUUGGAAGAAUUGAUAAAUCUUCACCAGCAGGGUGGUUUUGACUAUAUCGUUAUUGAAUCCACCGGUAUCGCGGAACCGAUGCAAGUCGCAGAAACAUUUUCAAGUGAGUUUUCCAAUACGCUCCUGGAUACUCCAGAUUCUGUCACUGCAGAAGAACGAGUCCUACUCCAAAAGGUUCUUGAUUUGGGAGGUCUUGAAAAGUUGACUAAGAUCGAUACCACAGUCACCGUCAUUGAUGCCAUGAAUUUCUUUUCAAAUCUCGAAACGACAGAUUUCCUAGCGAAUAGAUGGGGUGACAGCGGUCAAGGGGAGUCUGAUCGAACUGUGACUGACUUGAUGGUAGACCAAAUCGAGUUUGCAGAUGUUAUUAUCAUCAACAAAACUGAUAGGAUUGGGAAGAAAAAAUUGAAGCGUAUUGAGAAGGUGGUAAAAAGUUUGAAUCCCAUUGCUAAAAUCAUCAAAACCUCAUAUUGCAACGUUCCAAUGUCAGAAAUUCUGAACACUGGCCUUUUUGACUUUGAGAAAGCAUGUUCUUCUGCUGGUUGGCUACAAAGUAUUCAUGAAAUGACAUUGAAAGAAGGAUAUGGAACGAAAGGUGGGAGUGUACUAUCACCAACUCCAGAAACUGUAGAAUAUGGUAUCAACAGUUUCGUGUAUAGAUCUAGAAGACCUUUCCAUCCUCAGAGGUUGUAUGAUACUAUGAAAGAGAAAUUCUUCAUCAUUGAACAACAGGCUAUGGCAGAUCAAGAGCACGAGGACUUGUAUGAACCCAGUGAUGAUGAGACACCGGAAGAGGAGCAAGUCAAUAGCGAAGAUGAAACUGAGAGUGUAGAUGAAGAUAACAACUCUGAGACAAAUGAUGAUGAAGAGGAGCUAAGUGAAAAAGAGUUAAUUCAAAACAAGAAUAACUCACCUUUUGGUCCGUUAUUACGUUCCAAGGGUUUCUUUUGGCUAGCUACGAGAUAUUUAAUGAGGGGUGAAUGGUCUUCUGCUGGUCUUAUGCUAACUGUAAAGGGCGGUAUCCCUUGGUUUGCUGUGACUGGUUUGGAUGAUCAGAAUCAAGAGGAAUUCCCCCCGGGAACGAUAGAAUUGAUAAAAAAGGAUUUUGUUGGUCCUUUUGGUGAUAGAAGAAACGAGUUGGUUUUUAUAGGUCUUGGUCUUGAUUCAAAAAAACUAACUGAAGCUUUGGAUAAAUGUCUCUUAACUGAUGAUGAGUUUAAGGAAUUCAAAAACAGGGCUUUAAAACAUUCUAAUCCUGUGAAAGUUGAGCAAUCUCUAUCAGAACUAUUCUUGGAUGGAUUUGAAGAUUGGGUACUGUUCGAUGAUGAAGCAGAAUAA